CUUGCUGGGCCAUGGCCAAAUCAUGGCUUGAUUUCCAGGUUGAUGUGGAAUUAACCCGUCUGCAACCAGGUGAAGGGGAUCACUUCAAGAAUUUUAUAGAAGCGAUUAAUAGAAGCCCAGAAUUUGUAGAUGGUGUUUCUCAGCCAACUGCUGGACCGGAUAGUUGGCCACUUCAAGUUGUGAAUCAGCAACCUAGGCACCUCUCUGCCCUUCUCCAGAAACUCCAUUCAAGUGAUACGGUGAAUGAAAUUGUUGCUCGAUCGUGCAAGGAGCAGCAGAGACAAAUUGAGCAGCUCAGCCCACAGCUUUGUCCACCAUAAAAUCUGGCAUUUCAGAUCUCUCCCUCACUUCGUCUUGUGUCACUCUCAGAUAAGCAUGGUUCCUUCCAUUUUCUUUGCCGUAACAUUUUUGCAUAUAGAAUGGGAGCCUUGGUACCAUGGUAAAGUUGUCUCUAUGUUACCUAGUCACGGGUUCGAGCGGUGGAAUCAUCUAUUUAUACUUGCAUUGAGCUUAAACAAAGCUUUUGAACAGAUGAACCUUAUGUUAGGAGACAUACCAAGUUUGCUGGACGUCAUAU